AUGGAUGCAGCACAAGCAGCAGCAGAAGCAUUCAUGAAACCAACAACAGUUUCCACGUUGGGUGGCGCGACGGAUUGUGGUGGGACUCUAGUGGGAAGGACGACAACGACGAUUGCGACGGUUCAAGAUAACACGCUGGUAAAAGCCUGGCAAAGCGGAAAUACUCUCCAGGCUCACCACACUAACCAGUUUUCCAUGUCGUGCUUCUUCCUUUUUCUCGCAGAAUCAUCGCUAGGAUUACGUAACGUUCGCGUCACGGUGCCGACAGCCAUCCGCAAGGGGGAAUCGGCGCAUCUGUACUGCAACUACGAGAUGGAGGACAAGGAGCGGCUCUACUCAAUCAAGUGGUACAAAGGCAAGCGGGAGUUUUACCGGUACACACCCCAGGAGCAGCCACCGAUGAAGGUGUUCCGAUCGGCCGGCGGAGUGGAAGUCGAUAAUUUACUAUCCAAUGAAAGCCACGUAGUCAUUAAAGCAGCAAAUGUAUCGGGGAAGUUCAGCUGCGAAGUUUCAGCAGAUGCGCCAUCCUUUCACACUAUAAUAGUUUCCGGUGACAUGGAAGUAAUAGAACCACCAGAGGAUAAACCGGCAAUCAUCGGAGUGCAAUCGCGGUACCGUCCCGGAGACAUUUUACGAGCCAAUUGCUCGUCGUUACACUCCAAACCUGCUACCAAUCUGACUUGGACAAUUAACGAUGUACCGGUUCUGCCACAGCAGACGCGACAAUACAGACCGAUCAGAGAUGUCAGUACGGGGUUGGAAACGUCAAUACUGGGGAUCAAUGUGAUGGUCUCCCACAGUCACUUCGUCAAAGGCAAGCUGAAGCUCAAAUGCGACGCCGCGAUACAUCAAAUCUACCAUGAAAGCACGGAGCGGCAAUUAGAGGAAGAUCGACCCCGCAUAUUGGCCACCGGUUCAUCCAGUGGGCACAACAUGAACCUAUUUCAGAGUAGCGUGUACGACGGAGAGCUGACCGAUCAGGGCGAUCGGUAUCUCACGAUGAACGGGUAUAAAGCAGACAAAUCCUCGCCCCCGACGACUUCGUCCGCCGGCAUGAUGGUCGGUUCGUACGUGAAGGUUUGCUGGAUCACCUUCUACAUCUGCACCAUUUGCACCGUGCUGUUGUACUCGCUGCGGGUCGGAAUAUCCUGA